AUGUCAAAUUAUGGCCAUCUUAUUGGUGGAUUGGCUGGUGGUGUAGCAAGCACAUUAGUAUGUCAUCCCCUCGACUUUUUGCGAAUCCGAUAUUCAGGUAGACUAAUCUUUAAAGAAAAUUGAUUCAUUUUCUUGCAGCCGAUGAAGGAAGCAAUUCAAGGCCAAGAUACCGUAAUUACUGGCAUGCAGCAAGAGUCAUCAUCAGGGCGGAAGGGGUGCGGGGGUUGUAUCAAGGUCUUAGUCCGAGCAUAAUUGCUUCCCCAUUAUCAUGGGGUUUAUAUUUCCAUAUGUAAGUCCUCUUUUGUCGUUCGUAGUAUCGGACUUGUACAUUGUAGUCCCUUUUCAGAUACCAUGAGAUUCAUGACUUUUGUGGGUUAGACCACAAAACCCCAAGCCACUCGAUAAACCUCGGCCUGGGCUGUGUAUCGGGAGCCCUUGUUAUGGCAGUCACCAAUCCACUAUGGGUGGUUAAGACAAGACUUUGUCUUCAAUAUGAGCACCAAAUCAGAAAAUACCGCGGAUUUGGACAUUGCUUGCUGACGAUAUGGAAAGAAGAAGGCUUGGCUGGUUAUUACAAAGUAUGUUGAGACAAGACCGAAUUUAUUUUCUGUAGGGAUUUGUCCCCGGAUUGUUGGGAACUGUAAAUGGAUCCAUUCAAUUUGCCAUUUAUAACUUCCUGAAGCAUCAGAGAACAAGUUAUCUUCAAAUAUCGAAUGAUACUCCGUUGGUGAGCUUUUCUUUUGCCAAAGAGUACACUUUGCUUAGGGUGCUGUUUGGUAUCUCCUCUUCUCGUCGAUAUCAAAAGCUUUGGCAACUGUAUUAACGUUCCCUUAUCAGGUUGUUCGAACCCGUCUUCAGGUAAAGCAAUAAGAGCCCCUUUACUUUAUUUUCAGGAUCAUAAUGCCCACUAUAAGGGCCUUGUCCAUUGUUGUCGGUCCACCUAUCGUCUUGAAGGAGUCCGGGGAUUCUAUAAGGGAAUGUGGAUGGCCACUCUCAAGCAAUUGCCGACGGCGGUCAUCACUUACACUGUCUAUGAGUACGCUCGACACUUGACAUAA